UGCUGUCCAAGGUACAUGUCCAGAACACGUCCAGAACUCGGUUCCCGCGAAAGUUGCGAAAAGCAGCUGAGGCCCUGAGCCCUGAGGCCGAGGCCAGUUGCAACUUUAAUUUCCACCCCCAUGCGAGAAACAGUCUUCCAGUCACACCAUCAUGGACCAAAUAGUGACCCCCGGACAGCGGUUAGCCGCAACAGGCGACUUCGAAGCAUCAUCUGGGACUUAUGAGAAGGAUGGCUUCAUAUAUGCAUCCACCGUUGGGAGGAGUCAAAUACUACCCGCCUCCGGGUCAGGGAAGGCUCCCCAAAUAACAGUAACCCGCAAAAAAGAAGCCAACGCCAUCCCCGAAGUCGGCUCCAUCGUCACCGGCAAAAUCAUCCGCAUCAGCCCGCGCCACGCUACGAUGAGCAUAAUGGUGGUCGGGACAGUGCCGUGCAGAGAGAACUUCCAGGGGAUAAUACGGGUGCAGGAUGUGAGGGCGACGGAGAGGGAUAAGGUGCAGAUUUAUAAGAGUUUUAGGCCGGGGGACGUUGUCAGAGCCGAGGUCGUGUCCCUUGGAGAUGCGAGGAGUUAUUACCUGUCGACGGCCAACAACGAUCUUGGUGUCAUUUUUGCGCAAAGCAUCGCCGGGCAUACCAUGAUUCCAAUAUCGUGGGAGGAAAUGGUCUGUCCAAAGACAAAGGUUAUCGAGCACAGAAAGUGCGCAAAACCAAUGUAAAGCCGCCUAUCAUGGUUAUAUAGCCAGUAUUUAUCUGUAUAUAGCACUAGCAUGUGGUUGUGUACAAUAUGUGGGAGUCGCCCUCGGCGGUGAUCUACAGAAACCCUAGGUCGAGAUUCUCUUCUCUUAAAUAUGAAGCGGAAUGGAGAUGGGUGGUGCGUAAUGGGCGGCCGUUGUAUGUAUGCCCUGCGGGUUUAUGCGGGGAAAAAUGUUAUUCCUUCCUCAUCUAUU